UUUAUUUAAUUUUAGGGAAGUUUGAUGCUAUCAACCCUUCCACAAUCAUUGGUAUUUUAGUAAACCUACAAAACUGCCACAAUUUCUUAAGGUCCCCUUUAUUUGGCUCCACCCUUGUUCGGGGCUUAUAUCGAAUUUAGGAUUGCAACUGUAUGGCCGAUUACAACGGCGUCAAUCCACUUUGUUUUAUUUUGCUUAUUGAGAGCUUAUCUAUGUAUUUCCUUAUUUUGCGAAAUGCAAUCUGAAAAUAAAGUCGACAUCCAACUGGAGGCAAUAGAGGUACUCCUGAAUCACAUUCUAUAUGUGCGAGGCGUUUACCCACCGCAGAUAUUCAAAAAGCGGCGCAUUUAUAAUACGCCGGUCUUUGUCUCGAUAUUUCCCCCUCUCAAUAAUUACCUGGCCGGCGUUCUACGAUCCGUGAGAGAGUUGAUGCGGCGCAAUGAGCUCCAGAGCCUGGAAGUGAUAUUAUACCACGAUGAGAAUAAUCCUCUAGAGUGCUACCAAAUGCUAGUCGAGUCUCUGGUGACAGGUGCCUCUGAAAAUGAUACACACCUGAUAGAAUACGAACAGCAACUUCGUUCUGCGAUUUACAAACUUUCCGAGCGUGUCAAGCAAUUGACUAAACUACCCCCAGGAACAACUUCCUUCAAGAUCCACUUGCAUACUUCCCAAGAAGCGUUUGUUCGACUGAGCCAUGAGUCCCAGUUCCAAGAGUUUCCUUGGCUGCAAGCCCAGAAUCUGAAGUCGCAAAAGAUCUCGCAAACGGAAAAUAUUUCCCUCCUUCCGCUGGCUGCGGUGGAGAAUGUGGGACUGAAAAUGCAGGCCCGCAUUUUUAAGAUUUAAGUUACAAUUAGUUAACAAUUGUAAUUUACAUGUUGAUUUUUCCAAUAGAAAAAUAUAUAUUGUUAGUUUUUAGCCAAUUAAUACAAUUAAAUAAGAUUAAAUAUAAAAUCUGUCAGCUAGAAAACAUUUAUUUAAUUGUCUGAUCGAUAAUAUAUCUAUUUUUGCUUAUGAAA